AAAAAAAGAAUAUCAACCAAUCGGAGCCAAACACACGUUCGACGCUGCCACGUCAAGUGAGACGGCGGUGAAUGAAGUGGCGUUUUUUUCGGCAUUUUAUAGAGUUUCGUCUUCCGAGUAGGCUUUAGUAAUAGUAGUUCAAUAUUACAAGAUGCGUGUUUUAAUAUUUACCGCCUUAGCGCUCUUAGGAGUUGCUCUGGGAGACGAAAUCCCUACUGAAGAUAAUGUACUCGUUUUGAGUAAAUCUAAUUUCGACUCUGCUAUAUCAUCAAACGAAUUCAUCCUAGUGGAAUUCUAUGCGCCAUGGUGCGGCCACUGCAAAUCCUUGGCGCCUGAGUACGCUAAAGCCGCCACUAAGUUGUCUGAAGAAGAAUCUCCUAUCAAGUUAGCUAAGGUGGAUGCCACCCAAGAACAAGAAUUGGCUGAGAAUUAUGGCGUCAGGGGGUACCCCACACUCAAGUUCUUCAAGAGCGGCAAUCCCAUGGACUAUAACGGUGGUCGCCAGGCUGAUGACAUUGUUAACUGGCUGAAGAAGAAGACUGGCCCACCAGCUGUGGAAGUUUCUUCGGCGGAACAGGCAAAGGAACUGAUUGCUGCCAACCCCGUUAUUGUCUUUGGUUUCUUCCCCGACCAGAGCACAGACAAGGCAAAGGUGUUCCUCUCUACUGCCAGUCUUGUUGAUGACCAGGUCUUCGCCAUUGUUUCUGAUGAGAAGGUUGUCAAGGAUUUGGAAGCAGAGGAAGACGAUGUGGUGCUUUUCAAAAACUUCGAAGAGAAUCGCGUUAAGUAUGAAGCUGAGAAAUUCGACGAUGACCUGCUCAAAUCGUGGGUGUUCGUGCAGAGCAUGCCUACCAUUGUUGAAUUCUCGCACGAAACCGCCUCCAAGAUCUUCGGUGGACAAAUCAAAUACCACCUUCUGUUGUUCCUGUCCAAGAAAAAUGGCGACUUUGAGAAAUACGUCGAGGAGUUGAAACCCGUUGCCAAGACCUACCGCGACAAGAUCAUGACCGUCGCCAUCGACGCCGACGAGGACGAACACCAAAGAAUCCUGGAGUUCUUCGGCAUGAAGAAGGAGGAAGUGCCCGCCGCCCGCCUGAUCGCUCUCGAACAAGACAUGGCCAAAUACAAGCCGGCCAGUGACGAGCUCUCCGCUAACAGUGUUGAGGAAUUCGUGCAAUCGUUCUUCGCGGGCACCCUGAAGCAGCACCUGCUGAGCGAGAGCCUGCCCGCCGACUGGGCCGCCAAACCCGUCAAGGUGCUCGUCGCCACCAACUUCGAUGAGGUCGUCUUCGACACCAACAAGAAGGUCCUCGUCGAGUUCUACGCGCCAUGGUGCGGCCACUGCAAGCAGCUGGUGCCGAUCUACGACAAGCUGGGAGAACACUUCGAGAAGGACGAUGAUGUCGUCAUCGCCAAGAUCGACGCCACCGCCAACGAGCUGGAACACACCAAGAUCACAUCCUUCCCCACCAUCAAGUUGUACACCAAGGACAACCAGGUGCGCGACUACAAUGGCGAGCGCACGCUGGCCGGACUCACCAAGUUCGUGGAGAGCGACGGAGAGGGCGCCGAGCCUGUACCCAGUGUGAGCGAAUACGAAGAGGAGGACGAGCAGCCCGCCAGAGACGAGUUAUAAGCAUUCGCGCAGCUCGCGACACUUCCAUAGAAUAGUACUGUAUAGAUUAUAAUUAUUUACUUUUAUACUUAAACAAGUAACAUGCAUUUCGUUCGCUAGACUGUUGAAUUGUUCUCUAAAACGUGUGGAGGUUGUCGUUUCGUACUUUUUGUUUGGCGUGCGUUGAUAUUCCUUAAGUAAUACUCCUGUAGAGAUGUAUCUAAGGGGCGUUCGGAACUCGGGCCAGACAAAAUUUAAUUUAUUCAAUGCAUAAUUUAUUAUGUACGAACAGCAGCAUAACUUAGUUUAUGUCGGUGUAUUUAUAAUUUCUGUAUCAUAAUGGUCAUAUUAUAACAUUACCGGUACAAUAAGUUACAUCGAACAAUUAACUCGUAUGUUGUAAAAACAUUGGCGUUAUUUUUUUUAUAUUUUUAAUGUGACUUGUACAAUAUUCAUCACAAGAUAAUAGAUUUUUUAAGAUAAACUUAUUAAGAUAGUUUUGUAUUUUUUAAAUUGUUUUAUUAAGUUUCAAUUGAUUUGUUGGCUUCUGCGUAAUCUCGUGUUAAAAAGAAAUAUUUUUGGAAACAGUGUGUAAUUAUAAAUUGCUUCAUAAUUCACUCUCAAUGUAAAUAUGUAAACAAUGUCUUGGCCAAAUCGUUUUGUGUAUCUGUUGUGGAUACAGAAAUUGAUAAAUAAUUAAAAUUAAAAUUGUA